UGUCUAUUCUUAGCCUGUCACUUCAACCCGUCCGACCAGGCGAGUCCUCCUCGACUUCCUCACACUUUUUUGUUGUGUUCACAUCUUCUUCUUGUGCUCUCAGAGGCCCCUGGCCCGCCCUCGCGUCCGCCCGCUCUGGCCGUUUCAGACCACUGAGCCAAGACAACAACAAGAAAAAGCUGUUACCUUAUUUUUAAGAAAAGGGAACAUUCCCCAGCUUGGAACAUGAGCUCAUACACGGUGUCGCUGCCCGGCCCGGGACCUUGGGGCUUCCGGCUGCAGGGAGGCAAGGACUUCAACAUGCCGCUCACCAUCUCCCGGAUCACGCCGGGUAGCAAGGCGGCACACGCCAACCUGGUCCAGGGCGACGUCAUCAUGGCCAUUGACGGUGUGAGCACGGAGGGUAUGACCCACCUGGAGGCCCAGAACAAGAUCAAGAUGGCCAACUACAAUCUGGCACUCACCAUGACCAAGGCGAAGCGUCCUGUUAUGCCAACGCCAAGAAUCGACGCCAGUGUUCCAAUAAUCCCUCACCAGCAGGUUUUCAGUCCCUCUGUUCCCAACGCCGUCGGCGGCGCGGUGGUGAAGCAGGCCGGCACGGCUAGCCACAAGGCCAUCGAGGUGACGGGCCCGGGAGGCAAGGCCACCAUCGUCCACGCCCAGUACAACACGCCCAUCAGCAUGUACUCGCAGGACGCCAUCAUGGACGCCAUCGCCGGGCAGACCAUGACCAAGGGAGACCAGACCGGUCCAUUUCCAGAGCGUCUGGUGGACAGCGCCUCGCCCGUCUACCAGGCGGUCCAAAGCGCACAGGAAGAUGAGGACGAACGAGGACGCCGUCGCCAGGCCAGCACCCAGUCCAAAAGCUUCCAGACGCUCGCCCACAUGAUGGGAACGGGAACGCAGUGUGUAAUGGAGGAUGAGGAAGCGGAUGUUGAGGUGUUGACAAAGAGCAGCCUAACGCAUCAGUCGCCUGCCGGCGUCCAACACAAAGCGGCCGUGUCCAGUCAAUUUGGCCAGCCGGCCCCCGCCGCCCUGCCCCCUGCCCAGCAAGGCUCGCUCACUAUGCAUUACCAGCAGGCCCCGCCCAUGCCGCAAGCCUCGCCCCCACAGCACUACCAGCAUGCCCCGCCCACCCAGCAGAGUUCCAUACAGAUACCCGUCAGCUCCGCCCCUCCCAAGGUGGUCAGCACGGCCUGCAUCUACCCGUCGCAGCCAGCUGCGCCACCUGCUCACCCGCCACCACACAUCCCCCAAGCUCACCCCCACCGCACCGCCCCGGCUGCGCCCCAGGCAGCAGGUGACGCGGGUGGCAACCGCCCCCCCUGGGUAACCGACAGCUCCUUUGCCAAUAAGUUUGACCCGAGCAAGACCACCACUACCGUCAUCAAGGCGCCUCCGCUGCCUCAAGCCGCGCCCCCGCCGCCCCAGUUCAUCCCAAAGGCCUCAGCAGCCGCCCCUGGCCCCGCCCCAGUCACUCCUAGCCCCGCCCCCUUCCCCCCUGUAGCCAGGGGGGUGGCGCAACGGGCCGAGAGGUUUGCCGCCAGCAGCCGUACGCCGUUGUGUGGAGCCUGUAACAGCAUCAUCAGGGGUCCGUUCCUGGUGGCGCUGGGCCGCUCGUGGCACCCGGAGGAGUUCAACUGCCACUACUGCAACAUGUCGCUGGCAGACGUCAGCUUCGUGGAGGAGCAGAACAGUGUUUACUGCGAGAACUGCUACGAGGAGUUCUUUGCCCCCACCUGCGCCCGCUGCAGCAUCAAGAUUAUGGGGGAAGUGAUGCACGCUCUGAGGCAGACGUGGCACACCACCUGCUUUGUGUGCGCUGCCUGCGGCAAACCCUUUGGCAACAGCCUUUUCCAUAUGGAGGACGGAGAGCCAUACUGCGAGAAAGAUUACGUGGCGCUGUUCAGCACCAAGUGUCACGGCUGCGACUUCCCGGUAGAAGCUGGAGAUAAAUUCAUCGAGGCUCUCGGUCACACCUGGCACGACACCUGCUUCGUGUGUGCGGUGUGUCACGUGAACCUGGAGGGUCAACCCUUCUACUCCAAGAAAGACAAACCUCUGUGCAAGAAGCACGCUCAUGCCAUCAAUGUGUAACCUGGCAAACACACGCACGCACGCACGCACACACACACACACACACACACACACACACACACACACACACACACACACACACACACACACACACACACACACACACACACACACACACACACAA